AUGCACAUCAAAGACAGACUCUUCGUCAUUUCUGGUGGUUCUUCUGGCCUGGGUCUUGCAACAGUCCGCAAUUUGCAUCAGAGAGGAGGUUAUAUUGCCAUCUUUGAUCUUAACGCAGAUACCGGAGCCGAAGUAAUCAAAGAGCUUGGCUCUGAGAGAUCCCGAUUCUUCGAAGUUGAUGUUACCGAUACCAAGAGCAUCGGGAGAGCCGUGGAAGGCGUCUCAGAAUGGGUACAAGAAACAGGGAAGCUCAUCGGCGGUAUCGUCAGCGCAGCUGGCGUAGGAAACCCUGGAAAGAUGGUUGAUCGUAACAAUGAGCCGCUCUCUCUGUCGUCCAUUGACUUUGUAUUGAACAUCAACCUUCGAGGCACUCUGGAUUUCGUUCGCCAAUUGCUCCCACUCAUGACCAAGAACCAACCCACACAGCCAGACAACGAACGAGGUUGUGUCAUCUUGGUCAGCUCUUCGGCUGCUUAUGAUGGCCAGCCAGGUCAGGUGUCGUACGCUGCUAGCAAAGGUGCGGUAAGGUCAAUGACAUUACCUAUGGCGCGUGAUCUAGCACAGUUCGGUAUCCGCGUUGUGACGAUUGCACCUUCAUUGUUCGAGUCCAACAUGACGGCCAUGAUGAGCGACAAGGUUCGAAAAUCGCUCGAACGUGUCAUGGAGUUCCCAAAGAGAGCAGGCAAGGGCGAGGAGUUUGCAGAGUUGACCAGACAUGCGAUCGAGAAUGUCAUGCUCAAUGGAGUUGCACUACGGUUGGAUGGUGCGAUGCGAAUGCCGUCAAGGUUGUAA